AUGCAGUGGAUAUUAACUGGCCUUGUAACGUUUUCGUGUUCGGUAAAAACGUACCAAGUUAACCGUAUUAAUGAGUCCUCGUAUCUCGUGACUAGCCUCCCAGAUUUUGAGCACGCGAAGAAAUUCGAUAAAAAAGCCAAUGGGAACAGGAUUGUACCAAUUAAUAAUGAUAAGAGAUCUUUUACGAUUAACGAUUAUUACGACUCCACACCAAGCACAGUGAAUGUUGGUGAAAAGAAAGAAAAUUUAAAGGUUACAAUUCCAGCAUCAUUUAUAAAGAAUGCCCGCGAUCAAUAUUUUCGUAAUUACUAUCCUACAAUGAAAACAUCAAAUAGUUUAUAUUCUCCAGAAGUUAAUUCAUAUAGUGAACUAGCUCCAUUAAAAAAAUGUAAGCCUUUACAAUCACGACACAAUCUCAAUAUAGCUAGAUAUUUAGCAUCUAGACUAAUUAUGGGAGAACAAGAUGAGUUGGGACAAGAUAACAAGAUAAUAAGAAAUAAACGACGUACAAAAUCACAAAGGUUUACCCGACAUGCUAUAUUAAAA